ACCACGUCGCACGUCUCGGCUCCUUGAACACACGACACAGAUCGAUACUUGCAUAGACCGACCCUAGCUGGCCAGUAACAUGCCCACGUGCAAAACUGACGUUUAUAACCUGUGACCGAAUAUCGACAUAAUCGCGCGCGCGUCAACAAUGUAGCCAUAGUGAUGCCUGUUGACAGAUUGACAUAUUUACGAUGCCGUUGAUUUUAUUAAAGUUUAUUAAACGUUGAGUGUUAUUAUGACAAUAAAUUUGUUGGUUAAUUAGGAGUUUGUUGCAACGAAAAUGGGAAAUGGAAUGAAUAAGGUGCUUUCCGGGCUGUACGUUGGCAACUAUCGGGACUCGAAGGACCCAGUGCAGCUCGAACGUUACAAGAUCACACACAUUCUGUCCAUACACGACGCGGCACGCCGGUUACACUCUGAUAAACACUACCUCUGUAUAAUGGCGUCCGACUCUCCAGACCAGAACUUGACUCAAUACUUCGCUCUAUGCAACGACUUCAUCCACGCAGCGCGGCUUAGGGACGGACACGUACUCAUUCAUUGUUUAGCGGGUAUGUCACGCAGCGUGACAGUGGCGGUAGCGUACAUCAUGUCGGUGACACCUUUAAACUGGCGUGAAGCGCUCAAGGUGGUGCGUGCAGGCCGCGCUGUCGCCAACCCCAACCUUGGCUUUCAGCGUCAACUGCAGGAUUUCGAGACCUACAAGCUAGUUGAGGAGAGAAGACGUCUAAAAGAGCGCUACCCGUCCCUCGCCCUCGCUGAUAGCGACCUCUCCGAGUGCCGAGUGAUGCUGGACUCGUAUCAGACCAUGCUGAGCCAGCGCACCAUCUGCGAGGGCAAGUGCUCCAUGGGCCGCCAAUGCCCUACUGGCGUCUGUAGAACCGGUUCGAAGCGGCAGUCGCGGCCCCGCCGACCGUCCACGGCCUCCGGCGACGCGCCGGGCCUCAAACGAUCUCCCUCCACGCUCUCCACAAUGUCUACAACUUCUACAGCCUCGGGGUAUCGGCCGAGAUCCUCGCCAGCGGGGCUGUUCAGCUACACAGGGGCUACAUACCGCCCAACUCGCUCUGCGUCUGGCAUUAGCAUAACGCGAGUAACGGACCCCAUAGGCGGCGGCAUCACCAUGGCGGUCGGUGGUAACGAGUACUCGCGUCGCCGAGCCGCCUCCGCGCCAGCCACGCCAGCGUUGUCGCCCGCCUCGUCCCCGCCUGGAUCGCCUCAUCGUGGUCACCAGAGAAAGGCCUGCGCAUGGGUAAUACCCACGGUGACCUGGGAUCCUGACUCCAUGUGACCAUGCACUUCCUGCCUAUGCACGCUCUAUCACAAGGUCGCGCGCAGUGCAGCGGUGCUCGUAGCACGCGGCCCGGGGCCAGCCGCAGUCCCCGCGGCGCCAGGCCUCCGUGGCCCCGAGCUACUACCACAAGGACUGCCCGCCCGCCCGCCAGCGCGCCGACAGCUUCCAGUCUAACUUCGUCAACUAACUUGAUCCAGCGCGAAAUAUCGGAUGGUCUAUAAAGUGCACAAAUCUGACGGAUGCGCCGAUAGUGUGCCAAUAGUGUAACAUUUUGAACUGCUCGCGUGCUUCUGGUACGCAACGGUUCGUCAGAUCUGGACGCACCGUCUUUAAAACUCCCAGUAUCACUUCUGCAGAGACACGAAAACGCGGUGAUUUCGGCUUUUUUGUCGUUUAUCUUAGUAGACAAAACAAUUUAAUCGUUACUAUAAUACUUAACAGGUUGGUAAGACAAGUGGGUCAUAGUACGUUCUAUAGCUUCACAAAAAAACUUAUUAUGAUCCGAAAAGUUAAGGAUACUGCCCCCUAAUUUCUGCCAAAACUACCCUAACAUACCAACGUCCUUAAGAUUUCAAAUUGGAAACUAAAACUUCAAUGUAUAUCUCUGUGGUCUUUAUUCUGAGCGAUAAAUGUUUAAUCAAGAUAUUGUCACUUCUGUGGAAUCUCAAAAGCAUUUUCAAUUGGUUCGCAAAUUCAAGGGCGAAUUAACCUCUGCACAAACCUGAAGUGUACUAAAAAGAUUGUACCAAAUUGUAUUUUGAGUAAAAACAUGUCACGGCAAAUUACUUACGGACGUGAUAUGACCGCUGGUUGGUAAGGACUCGAAAUACGAAUCAGCCCUAUUGGCUUAGAGCGAAUGAUGAUUAUGAAAUUGCCUUAGAGCGACAUAAUUGUCUUGUGAUUACCGCUUCUCAACAAAACGUGCUAAUUAUAAAUAAAUAUAGUAAGCUUUCGUUUCGCACUGUAAAUAAUUUAUCGGUAAUUACUUAUUUGGAGGGUUUAAAUGUUGACGGUGACUUCGUCUUAAAUCUUUGGUUUGUAUCUACUUCUCUACACAUAUAAAUACCUUACGGGUGAUUAAUUAAUGAAACGUGAAUGAGUUUACAAUGGCUACGCCGUAGCACGUUGCCCGCCGUAGCGAAGUACGGCCCGAUUCGAA